CCUCGACAUCGCUGCGGUCUGAUUUGGUCACCAUUGGAUGCUAGCUUCAGUCCUACUGCUUGCUCCUGGGAAUAUUCAGAUCCCAUCCCUGAUGUGCCAGAAGCUUUCAUGGACAGUGAUGCUGCUCAUACCAUCACCAGCAGACCAGACUUAUUCAAAAUCAUUUGCCCUAUCAAUGUUGACUGUUUCCAAGCAUUGCUGGCUGAGCAUCCCAAUCAGCCAUUCAUUAUCUCAGUGUGUUAG